AUGCUUGGAGAUAGGGAUGAUAUUAAUGAAGGCCUUUCGAGCAAGGGUUUUGAAUCUUCUAAUGAUAAAAAUAAAAUUUGUGUUUUAUAUAAAAGAGAAAAUGAAGAUAAUAAAAUAUUGAUUGAUAACAUAUAUGAUUUAUUUGGAAAAAUAUAUAAAGAUAAAGCAGCAUUUACAGAAAUAAUUAAAAAUGUAAGUUUGUAUUUAAAUAAUUUAAAAAGGGAAAACCAAUAUUAUAACUUCCUUUUUUCAAAUAAUAAUUUAUAUCCAAAAUAUGAUACAACAAAUGAGUAUGCCAAUGUAAUAGAUAAAAUAAAUUCGAUAGACAUAAUCCAUAUAUUAUUGUCUUUCCCUUCAGACCACACCUAUUUAUACAAUACAUUAUUAUUAGUUUAUGAUGAGCUUAAUUUAAUUGAAAUAAAAAAUAUAUACAAUGUGCUAUUUGAAUUAGCAAACUUUUUAAUAGAUAGAUAUGAUAUAUAUAAAGAUAAUUUAAACAAUCCUGAGUUAUUUGAUAAAUUAAUUUUAAAUUAUGAAUUAAAAUAUAUUUCUAAUGUACAAAUACAUGAUAUAUAUGAGUUUUUUAAAAAAAAUAAUGAAAAUUAUAUAAUAAUUUUACUUUCUUUACUUAAUUAUUGUCUAAAUUUAAUAGAUGAGAUUAAUAAUUUCUUUUGUAAUGAGAGGGUUAAAUGUAGUAAUCUUAUCGAGCAACUUGUCGUUGUAAAAAAGGAAACAUACAACAAUACGUGCAAAAUAAAAUAUGGGUAUAACAAUAUUACACAAGACAAUAACAGCAACAUAUACUGUCACACGAAAGAAAAUGAAUUUGUAGAAAGGAAUGGCGUACUUAUAAAUAAUAUUUAUUACACUGAAAAUGAGAAGAGCAAAGUAUACAAUGAAUUUUUUGAGAACUGUUUUAGUGUAGAAAAAGAAACUUAUAGUAAGGGGAAAGUUGAUAUGACAAAAGUUGAAGAAGACAAAAUAAAUAAUUGUUUUUUUAUUUGCGAAUAUGAUGAUUAUAUUUUGUUAAUGAGAAAUUGUGAUGACGAUAAUGUAGAGGGAAACAGUCUCGAUAUAAAGCAUAAAUUUUGUCAUGAAAUAAAAUUAGAAUAUAUAAAUUUAGGAAUGCUAAAUAAAAUAAUGUGCAUAUUAUUGAAAGGGUUAAAAAUAUCUCAAUAUUUAAAUGAAGAAAUAUGUAAAAAAAUACUAUACAUUUUUAGUAGUGUAAUAACAGAUAUAAUAGCAAAUUUUUAUAAAAAAAAUGAAAAAAUAUUAUUUUUAGAUAGUUUUUUUACAAAUAUAUUAAAAACAAAUGGUGAAUUAGUUCAAUAUUAUAAUGAACAGAUUGAGCACUCUCCUAAACAAACUAUGUUAUUUUAUAAAUGUUUUAAUAAAAUAAUAGAUCAAGUAUCCAUAUUUUUACACAAUAAAAUAUGCUUUAAAAAAAUAUAUUAUGGUGAUCGCGAUUUAAAUGUAAACUAUAAAAAUGUUGAAAAAUAUUUAUACCAUUUUGAUGAGACAUACUAUAUGUUAUUUUAUUUAUUUUAUAUUAUUAUAGAAUUAGCAAAUGAAAUAAAUAAUAAUAUAUUUUUAUUUUUUAUUUGUCUAAUUAAUUAUAAAUGUGAAAAAGAAGAGAAUAGACAUGAUAUAAAUAAUUUGAAAAAAAAAGAGGAUAUACCAUUUUUUGAUUUAAAACAAAUAUAUUUAAACACAGAUUUUGUAAAUAGUUGUAAAGAAAAAGUAAAAGAAAAAAAUAUAAAUCGAAUGAUAACUAUUUUUUUAUUUUUAGAAAAAAAAAUUAUUAAUUUUCUUUCCUAUUUUAAAUUCAUAUUUUGUUAUGUAUGGGAAAAAUAUUCUACAACGGAAUUCGAGAAAAUUGAAGGAGACCAAUCAAAAGACGACGAAAAAAAACAAUUUAAAAUUAGAACAAAUUUCCAAAUGAUUUUAAAAAAAAUAAAAUAUAUUAUAUUAGAUAUAUUUGUAAAAUACACAAAAUUAUUAAUAAUAUAUAAGCAUUAUUUUAUUCCUUAUAUUAAUAAUACAAAUGGUGAAGUAGCUAUUUUUUUCGAUGAGUUUAUGCUAUAUAUAAAAUCUGUAGAGAAAUUAAUAUUUUUUAUUUUUCCAAAUUGCCCUAAUAAAAUUAUAAAUAAAUUAGAAAAGUAUACUAAACAUACACAUAAAAUAUGUCAAAAAAAAAUGCUAGGGAAAAUACACAACUUUAUCAAGUUUAAUGAGAAGCUAUACAACCUUAAUCAGACAAAAAAUGACAACAUUUUACAUAGACAAGAAAAAGAUUUCAAUAGUUAUAAAAAGAAUGAUAACUACAAACAUGAGAUUGAUGCAGAUAGUAAUAGUCAAGGAAAUGAUUCACAAAACUUUGGAUUAUCAGACCAUAAAACUUCAAUGUGGUGUACAAAAAAUGGCAUAAAAAAAUAUGAACAAAUAAAUAAUAAUGUUUUAUAUGAAAUUAUUCUUUUAAAUAUUUUUGGAAUAAUUUACGCAAAUAUAUUAGAAGAAAUAUAUGAAAAUAAAUAUAAAUAUAUUUAUUUUAAAAAUAGUGUAAUACAUAUUGAAUUUUUAAAAAAAUUAAAAAUGGCUAUGAUAGAAGGGUUUGGUAAGGAUAUGAAUGGGGGUAGCGAAAUUGAAAAUAAAAAUGAAAUAGAAGAAAAAAAAGAUUGUAAUUAUUAUUUUUGUUUUCCAUAUGAAUUAUUAGCACUAUUAAUAAAUUUUCAAUUAAAAUUUUUUAUGAACAAUAUAUUAAAUAAUUAUAAAAUAUGUACUAUUGUUGUUGAAUUUAUUUUUUAUAUUAGUUCUACACCAAACUCUUAUUUUUUUAGCAUAUCAAAAUGUGUAUGGAAAAUAUUAGGAAGUUAUAUAAAUUUAAAUAUAGAUCAAAUAUCUUUACUAUCCCUAUCAAAUAUUUUUUUUCAUUUAAUUUUAGACAAAAAUUUAGACAAAAAUUUAGACAAAAAAAAUAUGGAUAUAAAUAGUGUGGACACAUUUGAAAAUGUACCUAAGCCUAGUAGUAAACAAUAUUUUUUAUAUUUAUUUUUAAAAAAUCAAAUUGUUUUAAAUGAAAAUGGAAAAAAUUAUUUAUUUUUUUUACAAUGUGUAUUGAGAAAUAUCAAUUCAGAGGAACUUGUAGAAAUUGUUAUGAAAAUUUUUUAUAGUAAACUUCACAUUAAUUUACAAUAUACCUUGAAUAUAUUACUAAAGUAUUUAAAUUCAUAUAGUAGAACUGUUACUAAAAUGGAAAAUGAAAUGAAGAUCAAAGAUGACGACAACUUAUGUAAUAAUAAAACAAAUGAUAUUGAACAUGAUGAAAACAAAAUAAUUUCUAUUUUUAUAUACCUUGAUAUAAUUAAUAUUUUUCCUGAAGAAUUUCUUGACAUUUUAAAUGAUUUACAAUUAAAGAAAGACAUUUUAAAUAUGUUUAAUUUUUUUAUUUAUUUAAAUAACGAGUUUUCAUUGCUUGCAAAAAGGUAUGAAAUAUAUAAAUAUGAAAAAAUUUUUAAAAAAAUAAUAAAAAUACGGGAAUCUCACAAUUCAGACUAUGGAAAUAGUAACGAAGCAGGUGAUACAAAUUUAUACUAUAAUAAUAAGCCCAAAAUAUAUUUCCCAAUAUUAAUUUCUUCUUUGAUAUCUUAUUCAUUAUUUUAUAUUUUAAAAAAUCACAUAUUCUCUAUACAAAAAAGAGUUAUCAUUGAUUUUUAUGAACAAUUUUUUAGUGAUAAAUAUUUAUAUACAUUAUGUAAUAAUUAUAUUUAUGUAAAAAUAUUAAACGAAUCAUUUAUAAUUUUAAUGUAUUUAAAAAAAAUACUUAAAGAAACAGAUAUAGAUAAUCAAGGUAAUGAUAUACCAAUACAGUCUAAUGAAUUGAAUUGUCUUUCACAAAAUAAUGACAUAAAUAAUAAUUUAAAAAUAUUAUCAAGCCUUUAUAAAGUGUAUAUUAUUUUUUUUAAACAAUAUCCUCAUAUUUUUAUUUUCUCUAUUAUAUUUUUAAUUAAAAAUAAUGUUAUUACUUUAACAGAUGAACCAGAAUUUUCUGAUUUUUAUAAUCAAAUAUAUAAUGAUUUGAAGAAAGAUGACAACCAUUCAAGUUUUUUUAAAAAUUUAAUUUUUUCAAUAUUUAAUUCAUUUUUUUUUGAGAAUAAAAAAAUAAAUGAUCUAACUAUUGUUAAAGAGAAUUAUUUUAAUGAAAAUAUAAAUUUAGUGAAUAUGGAACGACAACAAUUUUUAAAUUCUUUUUUUCAGUCUAAGUUAUUUUUGGAUAUAUCAAAAGACCAUUUGAAAAAUACAAUUUCAAAAUUUUUUCAAACAAAUUUCAAAAAAUAUAAUUUUUGUGAAAGCGAUCUUUCUAAUUUAGUUAACUUUCUUUUGCCAAACAUGAAACUUUAA